AUGUAUAAAAAUGAACUAGACUAUACUGCAAACUUAAAACUAAUCGAUGAUAUCACUUCAAAAGAGUUCAAGCAAUACGAGGUAGGUCAUCGAAAGACCUAUUCUCAACCAGAUUAAGUGCAAUUAAAGCGCUAGCCUGAUAGGUUGGAAAUCUCUAUAAAUCAAAGCAUAACAUUACAAAUGUACCCAAGCAUCUUCAAAUAUAUCAAAAUUAAAGUGAAGGAACUUACAAAGCCAUUAAAUUUUGUCUAUGAAUCUAACAAUAAUUAAUGUUUAAUCAAGAUAUUUGUGUCAUCAAUAACUGAUAGUCCAAACAUUUUAAAUAAUAGUUUACAAGUGAUUAAUAAAUCAAGAUUUUAAUUUACUGAGCCUCCACCUCAUUUCACAAAAUUCAAAUGCGAUUAUGUAUACUUAUCCAUUUACACUGAUAAAUACACCGAUUUGAAGAUCAAAGCCACUGUUGGAAUUCAUCAAUCAAACUCUAAUAAAAGUAUUUAGAAAAGAUAACAAACACCAAUGCUCUAAAUUCCAAGAGAAUUAUUAACCAGCCGAGAACCGGGCAGUUACACUUAUAGAAGUAAUCUCUCAAUAGUGCAUAAACCAAAAACUAGUUCAUCAUUUAUUAGAUCGAAUAAAGAAUCUCAAGUCAAAUUUAAAUUAAUAUUGGAUUUUAAGAUCAAAAGUACCAAGCAAAAGAAUUCCUUAAUUGAAGAAAUGAUGAAGAAGAAGUCUAUAAUUUAGCAUAACAAGAAAUUGCAGAUGUUGGAAUCCUCUUAUACUCACGAACUUGACAGAUUGCAAUCGAGAGUGCAACGAUUAAGGAGUGAAAUUAAGUUACACAUCAGCAAUAUCGAUAUGCUUUGGUUAGAAUUACUAUUUAUUACGUUGUUAGCUAAGGCAAUCAAACACUAAUAUUAUAAACGAGUAAUGAGAAUAGUGAUUAGUAAUAAGGUUUAAGUUUGCUGUAGAAAGUUCAUGAGGAUUAUGCUCAAUAAGAUUAGCUCCAGAUAUUAAUAUGGGAAGAAAGAGGCUGUCUAUCUUGACACGAAUAUUCUAUUUUAUUUUGGGGCCAAACUUAUGAGAAACAAAGCCAAGAAAAGGGCUUAUUCCAUACUCAAUCAUUUCCUAUACAGAUACGGCCAUUUAUCAAAUGGAAUGAAUAAAGUGCAUUAGUUUAAUCAAAAAAUUAAAUAUAUCUAAUAAAAGUGGAAGGCAUUUAAGAAAUCUGAAGCUAAUUACUUAAAUAGAGUUGCUGACUAAAUUAUUGAUAAAUGGGGAUUUUUGUAUCGAGAGAUUAUUGGUGAACUAUAAAAUGCGCCUAAGUCUGCCCCUACCUAAGACAAAAGGGUGCUCUUAGAAACCAUUUCUGAAAAUCUUAACAACCACAAAAGAGCAUUCCUUUAGAUCAAUAACAUAUUUGAUAAAUUGGCUAGUGGAUCAACUGUUUUUAGACCGAUGAAUAAUACUAUUAUGAAAGAUAUUAUGCAUCAAUAUGUUGUUAAAAAAGCAAAUAAACUUUAAUGA